AUGUCCAGACAGUUGGGCAAUCCGUUUAUGAACAACACGCCGAAACCGUCGCCAUUGAAAGGGAAGGAUGAGCGGUUGCACAGCAGCAAGGUCACGAAGAGGUCAGCAGCGGCAACCGGUUCUACUCCGUCGUCGUCUGUGUCUACGGUGUCCGGGUCGCUGACAAACCCGCUGCUGCUAUCGCCCACUAGGCGGCCCAGAACGACCGGUGGGAGUGUGUACACGGACAGGUUUAUCCCUAGCAGGACGGAAACGGGGAUCAACUCGAUCAAGUCUAUCAGCAGCUCUCAGAGCAUGCCCUUUUUACCGUCUACCAGUACAGAAGACCAAUUGGAAUCCCAGAGGGAGAGACAGGCGCACAAGACCUUCGACGCGGUGCUCAAAAAUGAAAUAUUCGGGGAAAUGCUCUCUAGGGACUCGAUGGAUUCAGAGUCCAACACAAUCGACAAGAUUAAACACACGAGGGCGACCGAAGUGCGGGAGCCAAUGACCCCGUCGCCGGAGAGGAGAAGGCAGAGCGGUAGUAAUGGCGGGUCCACAGUUCCCGCCGACAACAACUCGCAGCGUGGUGUUCCUGCUGCCGGCUCCGACGGUGGCAACGAUGGUUCACGGUCGCACUCGAAUAUAGACUCUGUAUCCGCACCAGUGACCCCGAGAAGAUUAUUCCCGAAUGCAACCGCGGAAGACCACCUCUUCAAACCAUCAAGUAACUCAACAAGGGGAGCCAGUAUAUUCACGUACAGAGACAAGUCAUCUGCCUCCAAGAGGCCCUCAACAACGGCAAGUUUCAUGAAAUCGGCACAGUUUAUGGACUCCAAGUCCCCCGUGCGUCCGGACUCGAAACAACUGUUGCUAUCGUCUCCUGGUAAAUCGUUUAGAAAGAUAACAAAAGUGCCGUACAGGGUUCUGGACGCACCAUCACUUGCAGACGAUUUUUAUUACGAUCUGAUAGAUUGGUCCUCAAAGGAUAUGCUAGCGGUUGCGUUGAACAAGUCGAUCUUCCUAACAAACAACGCCACUGGGGACGUAGUACACCUGUGCGACACAGAUACGGUAGAUAAUGAGUUUACAAGUCUAAGCUGGGUGGGGGCGGGCUCCCACUUGGCUGUCGGGCAGAGGAAUGGGCUUGUCGAGAUAUACGACGCGGUUAAGGGGAAAUGCAUAAGGACACUCUCCGGUCAUGUAGACAGGGUCGCGUGUCUGUCCUGGAACAACCAUAUUUUAUCUUCAGGUAGCAGAGAUCAUCGCAUCUUACACAGAGACGUCAGGAUGCCUGACCCCUUUUUUGAAAGGAUAGAAUCACACACCCAGGAGGUUUGUGGAUUGAAGUGGAAUGUGGACGAAAAUAAAUUGGCAUCAGGCGGGAACGACAACAUCGUACACGUCUACGAUGGGACGUCGAGGACACCCAUGCUUACGCUAAACGAACACAAAGCAGCAGUGAAGGCAAUUGCCUGGUCACCACACAAGAGAGGCAUCCUGGCCACCGGUGGUGGGACUGCAGACCGCUGUCUUAAGAUCUGGAAUAUCAACAAUUUGACAAAGGUUAGAGAGGUCGACACGAGCUCGCAAAUUUGUAACAUGUUGUGGUCGAAAAAUACGGACGAAAUCGUCACGUCUCACGGUUACUCCAAAUACAACCUAACGUUGUGGGAUUACCCAACCUUGAGCCCGGUAGCCAUCCUGAAGGGACACAGUUUCAGAGUCCUGCACUUGACGCUUUCAACAGAUGGGACCACCGUCGUUUCUGGUGCUGGAGAUGAAACGCUAAGGUAUUGGAACUUGUUCGAAAAACAGAAACCAAAAUCGUUACCAGACUCGUCUAUCUUCAGCACAUACAACCAAAUUAGAUAA